AUGGAGGAGUCGCCACCGUUCCAGCCGCUCCGACCCAUCCUGCCCGCGCUGCCCUCUCGGAGCAAGAGGCGAGCCCGCAUCCAUGCCGGUCCCGCCGCGCCGGCUCCUGCAGCUGCUGGCGCUGCUGCUCUUGCCCCUGCCAGGUCCCGGGAGUUUGCAAGCACCAGCACUGUGACCCUUCCUGAGACCCUGUUGUUUGUUUCAACCUUGGAUGGAAGCCUGCAUGCCGUGAGCAAGAGGACGGGAUCAACAAAAUGGACUUUAAAAGAAGAUCCAGUCCUGCAGGUCCCCACCCAUGUUGAAGAGCCUGCUUUCCUACCAGACCCCAAUGAUGGAAGCCUGUACACACUUGGUGGGAAGAACAAUGAAGGUCUGACGAAACUUCCCUUUACCAUUCCGGAAUUGGUGCAGGCAUCCCCGUGUCGAAGUUCAGAUGGGAUUCUCUACAUGGGUAAAAAGCAGGAUAUUUGGUAUGUCGUCGACCUCAUGACUGGGGAGAAGCAGCAGACUUUGUCUUCAGCAUUUGCAGAAAGCCUCUGUCCAUCCACCUCUCUUCUGUAUCUUGGACGUACAGAGUACACCAUCACCAUGUUUGAUACAAAGAGUCGAGAGCUUCGGUGGAAUGCUACCUAUUUUGACUACGCAGCCACUGUACCAGAGGAGGAUGUGGAAUACAAGAUGUCCCACUUUGUGUCCAAUGGGGAUGGGCUGGUGGUGACUGUGGACAGUGAGUCUGGCGAUGUCUUGUGGAUUCAGAAUUAUGCCUCGCCAGUGGUAGCCUUCUACAUCUGGCAUCGAGAGGGCCUGCAGAAGGUGAUGCACACCAAUGUCGGGGUGGAGACACUGCGCUAUCUGACCUUCAUGUCUGGAGAGGUGGGACGGAUCACCAAGUGGAAAUACCCCUUCCCAAAGGAGACCGAGACCAAGAGCAAACUGACGCCCACCCUCUAUGUUGGGAGGUAUUCCACCAGCCUGUAUGCCUCCCCAUCAAUGGUACAUGAAGGAGUUGCUAUUGUGCCUCGAGGUAGUGCCUUUCCCCAACUGGAAGGCCCCCAGACAGACGGUGUCACAAUCAAAAGUAAUGAAGAGUGUGUGAUCACCCCCAGCGUAGAGUUUGGUUUUGGAUUCAAAGGAAAGAACAAACUCAACUACUGGACCAAUUAUUGGCUUCUCAUAGGACAUCAUGAGAUCCCCCUGUCUGCUUCCACCACAGUCCUGGAGAAAUUCCCCAACAAACUGCCCCGGCAUCCUGAAAAUGUGAUCCCUGCUGAUUCCGAAAAGAGUUUUGAUGAGAAGGUUAUCAAAAUGGUUGACCGGCACACAGAAGAACCAACUCCUACUACUCGUCAAGAUAUUGAAUUCACUCGAACCCCAGUAAAAACAGAGGCUGCUGUAGACUCCAUGUUGAAGGACAUGGCUACAAUCAUCCUGUGUACCUUCCUUCUCAUUGGAUGGGUCGCCUUCGUCAUCACCUACCCAAUGAGCAUGCACCAGCAGCAGCAGCUCCAGCACCAGCAGUUUCAGAGGCAGCUGGAAGAGAGGAUCCAGCUGUUGCAACAACAGCAGCUCCCUUUCCAGCCUCCGAGUGACCUGUCUCAGGACUCGGAUUUCCUGGAUGUCUCUGCUGGUUUGCACUCCGAGAGCUCAGCUCCCAGCAGUCCCAACAUGUCCCCCAAGGGCUCCAACCACUCUCAGCAUUCCAGCAACUCAGCUUUCAAGGUCAGCAGCAUCGUGGCUGCUGAGCAAGAUGAGAAUGAUGAAGAGACCAGCAUGGUGGUAGUUGGGAAAAUUUCCUUUUGCCCAAAGGAUGUCUUGGGACAUGGAGCUGAAGGCACCAUUGUAUACAGAGGGACGUUUGACAAUAGAGCUGUGGCAGUGAAAAGGAUACUCCCAGAGUGCUUCAGUUUUGCAGACCGGGAGGUGCAGCUGCUUCGGGAAUCAGACGAGCAUCCCAAUGUGAUUCGCUAUUUCUGCACAGAGCGAGAUCGUCAAUUCCAAUACAUUGCCAUUGAACUGUGUGCGGCCACUUUGCAAGAGUAUGUGGAACAGAAGGACUUUGCCCACCUUGGCUUAGAACCCAUCACCUUGCUGCAGCAGACAACCUCGGGUCUUGCUUACCUUCACUCCCUCAGCAUUGUUCACAGAGACCUGAAACCCCACAACAUCCUCCUGUCCAUGCCCAAUGCACAUGGCAAGAUCAAGGCUAUGAUCUCUGACUUUGGCCUCUGCAAGAAGCUGGCUGUAGGAAGGCACAGUUUCAGUCGCCGCUCUGGGGUACCAGGUACCGAGGGAUGGAUUGCCCCAGAGAUGCUGAGCGAAGAUUGCAAAGAGAAUCCGACUUACACUGUGGACAUUUUCUCUGCGGGCUGUGUCUUUUACUAUGUGAUAUCUGAUGGCAACCACCCAUUUGGCAAGUCCCUGCAGCGGCAAGCCAACAUCCUUCUUGGCGCCUACAGCCUUGACUGUUUGCACCCAGAGAAGCACGAAGACAUCGUUGCUCAUGAACUAAUAGAAAAAAUGAUUGCUAUGGAUCCUCAGAAAAGGCCCUCAGCCAAGCAUGUACUGAAACACCCAUUCUUCUGGGGCUUAGAAAAGCAGCUGCAAUUCUUUCAGGAUGUGAGUGACCGAAUAGAGAAGGAGGCCCUAGAUGGCCCCAUAGUGAAGCAGUUAGAAAGAGGAGGGAGAGCGGUGGUCAAAAUGGACUGGAGGGAAAACAUAACUGUUCCACUCCAGACAGAUCUUCGAAAAUUCAGGACCUAUAAAGGGGGUUCUGUAAGAGAUCUUCUCCGUGCUAUGAGAAAUAAGAAGCACCACUACCGGGAGCUUCCGGAGGCUGUGCAGGAGACCCUGGGCUCUAUCCCUGAUGAUUUUGUCCGUUAUUUCACAUCACGGUUCCCCCAUCUCCUCUCCCACACCUACCGAGCCAUGGAACUAUGUAGCCAUGAGAGACUCUUCCAGCCUUACUAUUUCCAAGAGGCCACAGAACUGGGACCCCUAGUCACAAACGACGGUCUCUGAAAAAGCCAAGUCCUCUUUAUUCCCAGGGGCCAAUGUGAGGACUAAGAGAUUGGCCUUUGUGACCCAGCAUUUGGAACCCCCUUGGCUCAGAGAGCCAUGAGAGAGAAGCUGUGCUUCUGAAAUUAAGUGCCUUGGACUGCCUGCCGCGUUCUGCAGCCAGAGCAGGGGGAUCCUGAAUCCUUGGACGUGGAAGAAGCAGCUUCUAAUAACCAAAGGGAUAUUGAGAGGAUGAAGGCUGCCGGGGCCCUUUGUCUAUCAGGGUUCCGGGUGUAAAAUGGUCAAGGGUCAUGAGGCCUUGAAAGAGGCUGCAUCUGCCUUCAUUUUUCUACCGGAGAAACCUCCUUUGGACUUCGGGGUUCUUGUUCAUCUGCUGUUUGUGGUUAAUAUAUAAGACUUUGGAAGACCCCUAAGGAUGAAGGAAAAAAGGUGGGAGGAGGAAAGAAUCCAAAGGUCUGGUCCUUAACAGGAAGUAGCAGCAUUUCCUUCUUUUUACAGCCAGAUUUGACUUUGUACUUCUAGGCUGAUCCCCUGCAAGACAGUGGGCUGGAGAGGGAUGAGGGCAGAAUUAGGGCCAAGAAGAUAGAGUGAAGUAGAUUUCUGCUUCCUUAAAGGAAAAAUUUCCUGACAAUUUGAACGGACCCAAAGUAGAAUGGGGAAAGAAGGAAUUCCUGACCACGUGCUGAUCAGAUCAGAUGACCUGUGAGGUUCCUUCACACUUUGAGAUUCUUUGAGGAUCGAGGAAGACGCCAGUAUUCAAGGCUUUAUGGUAUCCUUGAAGACAGGAUGCACCAAGUCAGUCGUUUAUCCAUUGAGCAUAUCUCAGACAACCCAUUAUGAAGUGCCUGUUUUAAACACUGGCCAGAUGACUUGGGAGAGGCAGUGAGUGUAAGGAUCUGGGACGGGGGCUGAUGGACUCUAUCAAAGAAUGGGCAUAGGUGACUAGAAGAAGAGAGGUGAUGGAAUCUGGUUCUGGAAACUAAAAAGAUAAUGCCUCUGGCUCUAAAUUCAGAAGGGUUUCCACUUUGAGAUUUGCUUUCAAACCUAAGAAUUCUUAAGUCCAGGGACAAAGAAACUGUUUAGAAGAAAGAUUAUAUGUUUCCUCCAGCCAGAGUUGAGCCCAAGGGGGCUGUGAAGCUCAUGUGUCAAAUGAGGGAGAUUGGCUAACUGUCCCCUAACAUCCUUUACGGCUCCAGCAUUCUGAGUCUAACCAGGAAGGAGGAAGGGAGUGAAUCCUGGGGAUCCCAGUGAGAGCAGGGCAAAUUCUCAUGUUAUUUGCAGCCCUACUGAUCAUUUUUUGGUUUAGAUCUUCUUAAGUCUGGCCCUGGAAUGAAUGGCAAAACCUUUUCGUUUGUUUGUUUUCUGACAUAAGCAAUAAAACUUGAUGCUGUGUGUAGCAGGGAAGCUGGGGACAGCUCAUGCUUGGUGCCUGCUCUGUAGCGGAUUUCUCUGCAGUAUUCCUUUUCAGUGUCCUCAAAGCUGUGACUGAAAAAAAGAAUCCCUUCAUACCUGAGAAGCAUUAACAUGUUCUGACACAGAACUUGCGUGGUAUUCUGUUGCAGUGACCUAUUUAUUUUAUGUGUAUUUAUUUAAUUUUUACCCUGAAACUGUAGCUGGUUAAAGUGUGAGGGCCACAGGCAAAUUUGGGCUAUUACACUGCUAACCAUUUUUAAACUGGAAAAGGAAGAAAAGUUAUUGUAUCUUUCAGUGGUGUGGACGAGUCUUACUUGUUUUUAGAAGGGCAAAUUACUUGAUCGGGUAAAAUUUUAUAGUCUUAUGUGAUUUUUUUUUUUAAACAAAAUUCUGUGCCACUGUCUUUUUUGCUAAAUGGAUGGUUAAUUGAUGAAAUGUUAUGUGUUCACUGUUGAUUACAGUCCUUUCUCUGGAGUAUAAAUUCCCGUUUUAGCUUUAUAUUUUUAUAAGAGCCAUUAUCAAUGUCAAAGGCCAAUGUCGUGCAAAUCUUUUGUGUAUUUUUAAAGCUUGGUGAUUCAAGGAUCAUUACCUAAAGCAAACUGCAUAUUUUUAUACCUCUUGGGUACAAUUCUUUUAUAAUUCUGCAUAUUAAUGAUGAUGAGAUAAUGAUGAGAAAGAUGACUUGUACUCAACCAAACUUCAAAUAAAAAUAGAUUUAGAUUUGGA